GCCCCCAGACUCUUGUUGGUUGGUGAGCAGCUGCUGGCACAAUGGGGGACGAGCUGACAGCGCAGGAGAAGUAUCAUCUGAUCACCCGGAAUUUGCAGGAAGUUCUUGGAGAGGAUAAGCUGAAGGCCAUCUUGAAGGAGCGUGAGCUGAAGAUCUAUUGGGGGACGGCCACGACGGGGAAGCCUCACAUUGCUUACUUUGUGCCCAUGUCCAAGGUUGCUGACUUUCUCAAAGCUGGAUGUGAGGUGACAAUCCUGUUUGCCGAUCUCCAUGCCUACCUGGACAACAUGAAGGCCCCCUGGGAGCUGCUGGAGCUGCGGACCCAGUAUUACGAGAAUGUGAUCAAGGCGAUGCUGGAAAGCAUCGGGGUGCCUCUCGAGAAGCUCCGAUUCGUCCGCGGGACCGACUAUCAGCUCAGCAAGGAGUAUACACUGGAUGUUUACCGCCUGUCCUCAGUUGUCACCCAGCACGAUGCUAAGAAAGCGGGCGCGGAAGUGGUGAAGCAAGUGGAGCAUCCGCUGCUGAGCGGCCUCCUCUAUCCAGGACUGCAGGCGCUGGAUGAAGAGUACUUGAAAGUUGAUGCACAAUUUGGAGGAGUGGACCAGAGGAAGAUUUUCACCUUUGCGGAAAAGUGCCUCCCGUCCCUGGGCUAUGCCAAACGCAUCCAUCUAAUGAACCCCAUGGUGCCUGGGCUGACUGGCAGCAAGAUGAGCUCUUCUGAGGAGGAGUCCAAGAUUGAUCUCCUGGACCGUAAGGAUGACGUGAAGAAGAAGCUGAAGAAAGCUUUUUGCGAGCCGGGGAACGUGGAAAACAACGGCGUCUUGUCCUUCAUCAAACACGUGCUCUUUCCGCUCAAAUCAGAGUUUGUGAUCCUGAGAGAUGAGAAAUGGGGAGGGAACAAAACCUACACAAGCUAUGGAGAGCUGGAGAAGGACUUUGCUGAGGAGGUUGUCCACCCUGGAGACUUGAAGAACUCGGUUGAAGUGGCUCUGAACAAGCUCCUGGAGCCCAUCCGGGAGAAAUUCAGCAGCCCUCAAAUGAAGAAACUGGCCAGCUCUGCGUACCCUGAUCCCACAAAAGCUAAGUCUGUGGUCAAGGGCCCUGUGAAGAAUUCUGAUCCUGAGGAGGUGGUCCCUUCCCGGGUGGACCUCCGUGUGGGCAAAGUGCUCUGCGUGGAGAAGCAUCCUGACGCAGAUGCCCUGUACGUGGAGAAGAUUGAUGUGGGGGAGCCUGAACCCCGGACGGUGGUCAGCGGCCUGGUAGAAUUCGUGCCCAAAGAGGAGCUCCAGGAUAGGCUGGUGGUGGUGGCGUGUAACUUCAAGCCCCAGAAGAUGAGAGGGGUGGAAUCCCAGGCCAUGCUGCUCUGCGCAUGCAGUGGUGGGGAGCCUUCCCAAAUAGAGCCCCUGGACCCGCCUGCAGGCUCCUGCCCGGGAGAGCGCGUGUUCGUGGAGGGCUAUGAGAGCGGCCAGCCGGACGAUGAGCUGAAGCCCAAGAAGAAGGUCUUUGAGAAGCUGCAGGCCGACUUCCAGAUUUCUAAGGACAGCACGGCUCAGUGGAAGGGGAAGAAUUUCAUGACCAAACUGGGGAACGUCUCAUGCAAAACCCUGACGUGCGGCAGCAUCCGCUAAGAC